AUGCGUAGCAACAUCACAAAGCCGAAUAACCCAGGCGUGACUCAUGUCCGCAUCCACGUGGACUACCUCCCUCGCACCUACGACGAUUAUGACCUCCGCAGCAUGAUCACGAUCUACGUACCGGCAGCGUUUACCAUUGAUGCCGAAGGGGAAGACGCGAGUGAUCAACAGGCGCUAGAAUGGUACAGGGAGGAGUACUUUGAGCAAGAAGCGAGCGACCGAGCUUACAUGAGCGGGAAGUGUAUCGAUUGCGAAAGCGUCUUCUGCGUCUGCGAAGGAACCUCGCGAAGCACUCCGAGUGGCCGGAAGCUCACGGAAGAGGAAGGAUACCAGCAGAAGCUGGACUGGGCUGUUGCCGAAGAGUGGGACGAGUGCGAGUUGUGGGAUGAGAUGUACAUGGACACGAGUCGCGAGCAGCUGAGGGACGAGGAGGAUAAGAUGUCGAUGCUUGCGGGUAACUACAACGUGUCGUCAAGCAAGAAGCGCAAGCGCAGCAAUUCCUAG